AUGGCGGCAGAAAAGCCCACCCAGGACGUGGAGCAGGCUUACCCCGUUGCUGGCAGCGAUGGCUUGGAUCUGGGUUUUGGGGAGAGGGAGAAAGCUUUGGUUUGGAAGCAGGAUUUGAGAAUUGUGCCUCUAUGUGCUGGGAUUUAUCUGUUGUGUUAUUUGGAUCGGUCGAAUAUCGGAAAUGCCAAGAUCCUCAACGAAGAUACGCAUAAUGAUCUACUCUCGGAAACUAAUAUGACUUCCUAUCAAUAUACGAUCGCCCUGAUGGUAUUUCUGAUAGCCUACGCGCUAUUCGAAGUUCCAUCAAACUACUUUCUAAAGAAACUCAGACCGAGCCGCUGGAUCGCAUUCCUCAUGCUGUCCUGGGGCGCGACGACAAUGGGCCUAGGCGGCGUACACAACUACGCCCAAGUAACAGGACUCCGCUUCCUCUUAGGAGUCGCGGAAGCCGGUCUCUUCCCAGGCUUUGUUUACUACCUAACGUUCUGGUACCGUAACUCCGAGCGCUCGAUGCGCGUUGCGCUGAUUCUAGCCUCGGCGACAUUAGCAGGUGCCUUUGGAGGGGCUAUUGCCUACGGCGUUGGGCAUAUGAAUGGUGCCCAUGGGCUUUCUGCGUGGAGAUGGCUGUUCAUUAUUGAGGGUGCGCCAUCUUGUGCGUCUUCUGUGUUGGUUUGGUUCUUUUUGCCCGAUUAUCCGGAGUCGGUACAUUGGCUGAAUGCUGAGGAAAAGGAGCUUGCGGCGGAGAGGUUGAGGCUUGAGGGCUCGCAUGGGAAUGCGAGUGCUAUGUCUUGGGGUGAUGCGAAGGCCGUUUUGACAGAUUGGCGGCUGUAUGCUCAUUAUGCAGUGUAUUUUGGCAUCUCCACGCCGUUUUCGAGUCUUUCUCUCUUUACUCCGGCUAUUACGUCUGGACUGGGGUAUUCCAACCUCCGCGCGCAGUUGAUGACUGUGCCUCCGUAUGCAGUGGCCUAUGUGGUGACAGUCGUCGUGGCAUGGUCUGCGGAUUAUUUUAACAGCCGCGGACUCCACUCCGCCAUUUUCUCAUUCAUCGGCGCCAUGGGCUUCCUAGCAUCUGCAGUUCUCCCAGCUGAGGCAUACCUCUCCCGCUACGGCUGCCUCAUCGUCGCAGCCAGUGGUGCCUUCGCCUGCAUCCCCCCACUCCUCGGUUGGCUGUCCUCAAAUCUACGAUCCACAGCCGGAGCAGGCCUAGCUAUCGCACUAAAUGUCUCAUUUGGCGCACCGGGUCAGAUCGUCGGAGUCUGGAUCUACAAGAGUGACGAAGCGAAGAUAGGCUACCCAACAGGACACUGGACCAACGCAGCACUACUUCUCUUCGUGGCAGCGGGAUGCAUACAUUUGCGACUGUAUUACGGGUGGAGAAAUAGUCGGGGAAGUGUUGAUGGAAGCGGAAAGAAGUAUGCGUAUUAG